GUGCGGCGCGCAGGCGCGGCUGCUAGCGGUUGAGGCGAGCGGACGCGCGGAGAGUCAGUCGCCCGCCCGCCGUCAUGUUCAGCUGGAUCGGCAAGGACGCGCGGCGCAAGAAGGAGCCCGAGCUCUUCCAGACGGUGAGCGAGGGCCUGAAGCGCCUGUACUCGCAGAAGCUGCUGCCGCUGGAGGAGACCUACCGCUUCCAUGACUUCCACUCGCCGGCGCUGGAGGACGCCGACUUCGACAACAAGCCGAUGGUGCUGCUCGUCGGCCAGUACUCGACCGGCAAGACCACCUUCAUUCGGCACCUCAUCGAGCAGGACUUCCCCGGCAUGCGCAUCGGACCCGAGCCCACCACCGACUCCUUCAUCGCCGUCAUGUACGGCGACCAGGACGGCGUGGUGCCCGGCAACGCGCUGGUCGUCGACCCCAAGAAGCCCUUCCGCAAGCUCAACGCCUUCGGCAACGCCUUCCUCAACAGGUUCAACUGUGCACAGUUACCUAACCCGGUCCUAGAGAGCAUCAGCAUCAUCGACACGCCGGGCAUCUUAUCUGGAGAAAAGCAGCGGAUCAGCAGAGGCUAUGACUUUGCGGCCGUCCUGGAGUGGUUCGCGGAGCGCGUCGACCGCAUCAUCCUGCUGUUCGAUGCCCACAAGCUGGACAUCUCCGACGAGUUCUCUGAGGUGAUCAAGGCCAUGAAGAACCACGAGGACAAGAUUCGGGUGGUGCUGAACAAGGCCGACCAGAUCCACACGCAGCAGCUGAUGAGGGUCUACGGGGCCCUCAUGUGGUCCCUGGGCAAGAUCAUCAACACGCCCGAGGUGAUCCGGGUGUACAUUGGCUCCUUCUGGUCCCAGCCGCUCCUCAUCGCAGAAAACAGAAAACUCUUUGAGGCGGAGGAGCAGGAUUUGUUCAAGGACAUUCAGAGCCUGCCGAGGAACGCAGCCCUGAGGAAGCUAAAUGACCUGAUCAAAAGGGCGCGGCUGGCCAAGGUGCACGCCUACAUCAUUUCGUCUCUGAAGAAAGAAAUGCCAAGUGUUUUUGGCAAGGAGAACAAGAAGAAGGAACUCAUCAAUAGCCUAGGGGACAUUUACCAGAAGAUUGAGCGGGAGCACCAGAUCUCACCGGGAGACUUCCCCGGACUCAAAAAGAUGCAGGAGCACCUCCAGAUGAUGGACUUCACCAAAUUCCAGAGCCUGAAGCCCAAGCUGCUGGACAUGGUGGAUGACAUGCUGGCCAACGACAUCGCCCGGUUGAUGACCAUGGUGCGACAGGAGGAGGCGUCGAUGCCCAAGCAGAUCGUCCACGGCGGCGCCUUUGACGGCACCAUGAACGGGCCGUUCGGCGCCGGCUACGGGGAGGGGGCCGGCGAGGGCAUCGACGAGCUGGAGUGGGUGGUGGCCAAGGACAAGCCCAGCUACGACGAGAUCUUCUACACCCUGUCGCCGGUCAACGGCAAGGUGACCGGCGCCAGCGCCAAGAAGGAGAUGGUCAAGUCCAAGCUGCCCAACACAGUGCUGGGCAAGAUCUGGAAGCUGGCGGACGUGGACAAAGACGGCAUGCUGGAUGACGAGGAAUUCGCCCUCGCUAACCACCUGAUCAAGGUCAAACUGGAGGGCCACGAGCUCCCCAACGAACUGCCCGAUCACCUCAUCCCGCCGUCCAAACGGAGACACGAGUGACGCCUCCACCCUGCAACUCCUCCCCACGCUCGCCCUCCCUUCCUCCUGCCCCUUGCACCACCCCCCAGAUUGGAGGGGCAGAUACCAAAGUGAUCGGGGUCCACCUCGGGCCGCGGGCUAUCCUCCUUUGAUUCUGUACGCAAGCACCUUGGCAUAAAACGUGCCGCGCCUUCUGCCCCGGAGGUCUCCACUGUAGGAGUAUGGAGGCUGAUCUUGUCUCCCCCUCCAGCCGGCUUCGAGUCCCCUUCCUUGUAAGAUUGCUGCGCUCUUGGUUCAGGGUUAAAUGUUGAACAGGGACAGAGUAGUGGUGGGGGGAGUUGCGGUUUUAACUUCAAACGACCACCGUUUCAGAUCCUGUGCACGCCCCACGCACUGCGAGCAAGCUCCCACACAGCAUGGCACUUGACGCCCCUCACCGUCUCUGCCCCACUGAGAUACAAACGCACCCUGUAACCCCAUUGCCCCCACACACUCCACUGAUUUUUAUCACAAGAAAUCAAAGUUGCCACUUAGUGAUAGACGGAGUGAAGGGUCUCAUGUUUUACACCCCCUUCGUGAAGUUUUUAAAUUGAUGAGCCUCUUGCUUGGAAUUUUAGCUUUUCAGAUGGAAGGGGGGAGAUUUAUUUGGUGGGGGGGAGGUGUAGAGUUGUGUGGAGAGAUGCUGUACCCAUUUACCAGGCCCCGGGAAAAGCUGACCUGUGUUGGGCUGUCGGAGGUGAUUUCUGCCCCUGUCCAUUCCAAUGGGAACCUGCAGAACACCAGCUCUUUUAUUUAUUCACGCCCCCUCAGGCCUUAACUGCGAGCGUAUCGAAUCAAAGACGGGAACGCUGGCUUCGAGAGGAGCUCACCUGGAGCGUGUGAACCUCUGCAAGAAUGUACAGUAUAUUCUGAGUAUGACGACUGUCUCUUCCCCCCUCCCCCCACCCCCCACCCAUCAGUGACAGGCAAGAAGAGAGAUCUCCCUUCAGCCUUCCCCCACCACUGUGACUGUCUUGGCACUGUUUUGUCAGCAGGAAGGCCCGUGGCGACGGUGUCUCCUCCUUCUCCACCCAGACUGCUCCUCGUGCAAGCUGCCUUCUCCACCCCAUCAUCCUCUCCCUGAACGCAGACCGUCGAUCUCGUGCCCUGGUUGCUUGCGUUCUCUUAAUGCCUGAAAUGCACUCUGCCCGCGUGACGGUUCGUCGCGGUGCUGCUUGUUUAGCCGAGCGCUGUGACGCUGGGAACCAGCCACGGUUCUUCCUACAGGGGUAAGUGGGGGAGGCUGGCCAGGGUUUCUGCCGAUCUUACCCAGGAGUCAUUGAGUGGAGGGUGGGGUGUGUGUGGAAUCUGCUUCCCCAUCACCUCCCAGUGUCCUCUGGGCCAGGGAGGGGAGGAAGAGUCCCUCUGGGCCACCCCGUGAACACUGGGGGGAGAAACCAGCCAGGGCUGCUGCUCCCUGUUGCUGCUCUGUGGCCCUUCGGUUAGUGAGAAGUGGAGGGAGAAGGGCCCCUGGUCUCCAUUACCGGCCAGUGACCCCCAGGUUCAAGGGAGUGGAGGGCAUCUGCCAGGGUUCCUGCUCCCCAUCACGGCCAAGUGACCCCUGGGCUUGGAGGGAUAAUUGGCCGGCAUUUCCGACUGUGACUACCUUGGGGGUGGGUUGCCCUGUCUGUGUUUCACUGUCUGUAACAGGCAGGCGAUAAACUGUGUCGUCUCGCCUGUGUGUCAUAACUGUUGGACCUGUCUGUGUAUAAAUAAAGAUUCCACAUUGAAAUCCA